UGGAGUCACAACGCAUCAAACCCUCUAGUGUGUCGAAAAACUAAAUCGACCAUAUAUAAAAUUUAGACUUUUCAAUAUAUUUUAUUUAGUUUUUUAAUUUAAAUGCAUAGAAUUUUGCAAAAUGCUGCUCAAGGAGUUGAUACGUUUUUCAACACAACAUCGUACGCUGUAUUGUUAUAUGAUUUUAAGUAUAUGGAUAUUUCUACUAAUUGCAGGUAUGUAUAAAUACAUUGGGCAUAAUUCGUCAUCCUUGAGCAGCACGCUUAGUUUUUUGAAUGGAAAAACACACGCCUAUGCACCAUCUGCAGCUGGCGAAGUGGACAACGAAGAAGUAUUGAAAUAUCGAAAAUUUAAAGAACGUUGCACACCACUUGAGCAACUGGUGCGUCGUGAUGAUGGUGGCAUACUAGAGGGUUGGAAAUUGCAAGGCGUUUUAUUGGUCAUACGACAUGGUGACCGUGGUCCAAUGUCUCACGUGCGAGGUGUCGCUAACAUUGAUUGUGGAGUUGUGGCAGAUGCUUUAGUUAAUAGAUACCGUAGUUUUUUGUAUAAUUCAACUUCAACUUCUGGCGCAAAUCACAUGUAUUGGAAUAAAGUUGGUCCGUUUCAUGGAUUUGCGAUGUUACCUCCAACGGAUAAAUCCUGCUUUCUUGGACAAUUAACGUACAAAGGCAUAGCGCAACUUUUACAUGUGGGUGAACUAUUACAUCAAAUUUAUGCACAUCCUUUGGGUCUGUUAUUAAAGCAAAUGACAAAUAAGUCUACAAUGAGCUCAACACCACAUUCAUUACUGAAUUCUGAUGAAGUGGUUGUGUACACAACACGAUAUCGUCGGACUUUUCAAUCGGCUUUAGCAUUGCUCUUCACGUUUCUGCCAGUUGAUAAGUGGUUAGCUUUAAACAUACGUGAAUCACAUAGCAUGGCAUUUUGUUUUACUGACUGCGCUUGUGCACAGGCUGAAGUACUUCGUCGGCGCAUGUCAGCAAUAAGUGCACGUCAGCUAUCGCAACACCCAGUUGUUGCAGGUGUAAUGCAAUGGAUAGGUACAACACUUUUGCAACAUACUCCCAACGGUAUAAAUGAUCCUAACGAAGUUGUUGAUGCAAUGCUAACAAUUCUAUGUCACGAUGUAGAAUUACCUUGUCGUCAUUCUACUGCAACUAAUAGCACGCGUACACCAACUACACCGACCAGUACCUUGGACUUAAGUGACGUCAUUAAUAUUGAUCAAGAUGAUACUGCAGCUAAUCUAAUGGAUGUGAAUGCAGCACAAUCGGCUGUUGCACCACUCGAAGAAACACAAACAGGUGUGAACAGCUUAAGUGUCACUGAGGGUUGCAUAGAGCAUACACAUGUUUCUGCCUUAAUGUUCUAUGCAAAUUGGCAGUCCGGGCGUGAAGCUAAGCACGUCUACUAUAAGCGAAUAGGUUUGAUGCGUGCAUAUGGCAUGAUUAGACAUAUUGUAAGUUAUAUGCUGAAAAUGAUCUCGGGUGAUCGUACAAAGUUUGUGCUGUAUUCUGGACACGAUUGGACAUUACAAUAUCUAACAGCUGCACUUGGUAUACAAACAGAGAAUACCUUUAUACCAUAUGCCGCACGUCUUUCCAUUGAGCUAUAUAAGAGUGAGGCACAUACAGAUUACUAUUUUCGUGUGCUUUACAAUGGUCGCGACGUGACAAAUGAAAUCGAUUUUUGUGAGGGUGGGAAAAGUUUGCGCAUAACCCGUGAUAGUCGUGGCAACAAAGCGGAUUUAUGUCCAAUCGAGAACAUUAUUCGCUUUUUACAUGACGACUACUUUGGACCACUGAACGCUACUAAUUUUAAGGAUGCCUGUACUGUAACUCCAAAAUCAAACGAUUUUUAAACAAAACGAUAGACAAA